CCUGUGGCUAUAAGUACGAUUAUUCCAUUACCAUUUCCUCAAAGUUUAAAGUUUUACAAAGACAUUAAACUGUACUAAAACGGGGAUACACGAUGUGUAUGUUUUUGCACUUUAUUACAGUCUGAUCCCGACAAAAGCAGCUGUACAGGUAAAUUAACCGGAAUUGUUUAACAGGUGCGCGCUCCGGUGUUCUGUCAAUAUUUGCUACCUGGGAUUAAUCAACUAACAGACGUUGAUCCAGGGUAGCAAAUCUCGGCAAAACACCGGCAGUCUGCGAUCAGUUUCUAAAAGAAGAGAGGCACCGUAGCCGUACGCAUGAUGUAAUGCCCAACGAAAGCCUUUGGGGGCGUCUUUUAAAGGGACACGGCUGCAGAAUUUAUUUCUGACCGACCCUCGGCCGCAACCUUGCCUCAAAAGGAAAGCGGUGGACUCCCAUCGUAGAUAAGCAUGGCCACUCCAGAGGGAGGUAAACUUUGGGGAGGGCGAUUUGUGGGAGAGACUGAUCCUGUCAUGGAGAAGUUCAAUGCGUCCAUCUCUUAUGAUCAGAGGAUGUGGGAUGCUGACGUUCGAGGCAGCAAGGCUUAUGUGAAAGCUUUAGAGAAGGCAAAGCUGGUCACCACGGAUGAGAUGACUCAGAUUUUACAUGGGAUGGACCAGAUUUCUGAAGAGUGGUCUAAAGGUGUUUUCGUGGUCAAACCCGGGGAUGAAGACAUUCAUACAGCCAAUGAGCGCAGACUAAAGGAGCUGAUUGGUGCACCUGCAGGAAAGUUGCACACCGGCAGGAGCAGAAACGACCAGGUGGUGACUGACAUGCGGCUGUGGCUGCGAGACGCCAUCUCAGCCCUCACAGAAAAUGCCCUACAACUGAUAUCUACCAUGGUGGAGCGAGCAGCAGUAGAAAUUGAUGUCCUGUUUCCUGGUUACACCCACAUGCAGAGAGCUCAGCCAAUACGGUGGAGCCACUGGAUUCUAAGUCAUGCUGUUGCUCUGAGCAGGGAUGUGGACCGGCUUCAGGAGCUCAAGAAAAGAGUUAAUGUUUUACCCCUGGGCAGGUAUAUGGUGAACAUCCACUGUGUGACACUGAUUUCUCCACACAGACCUGAGCAUUUAAUAAGAAUGAUUCUUGUUGUUUCCAGCGGUGCCAUUGCUGGGACACCACUCAGCAUCGACAGGGAGCUACUGCGGAAAGAGUUGGCGUUCGAUGGCAUCAGUCUUAACAGCAUGGAUGCUACAGGCCAAAGGGACUUUGUUGUGGAGAUCUUGUUCUGGGCUUCGCUGUGUUUGACCCAUCUCAGCAGGAUGGCUGAGGAUCUGAUGCUGUACAGCACAAAGGAGUUUUCCUUUGUCACACUCUCUGAUGCCUACAGCACAGGCAGCAGUCUGAUGCCCCAGAAGAAGAACGCCGACAGUCUGGAGCUGAUCAGGAGUAAAGCAGGCCGUGUCUUUGGCAGAUGUGCAGGGUUCCUGAUGACGCUGAAAGGCCUGCCCAGCACCUACAACAAAGACCUGCAGGUACUAAACUGUGGUUUUGUCUGCGUUCACCUUAUGGGGAAGAAUUUCUGUCUUAUGUUUUUUGUUCCGCUGCCCAUCAUCCUUCAGGAAGACAAGGAAGCCAUGUUUGACUGCUACGAUACUCUUCAUGCUGUGCUGCAGGUGACGACGGGAGUUAUGUCAACUCUCAAGAUCAACCAGAAUGCGAUGGAAGCGGCCCUCAGUCCUGACAUGUUGGCUACUGAUCUGGCCUACUACCUUGUGAGGAAGGGGGUGCCAUUCAGAGAGGCCCAUAGUCUCUCUGGUAAAGCUGUGUUUAUAGCUGAAUCUAAAAACAUCACCCUGAAUCAACUCAUGGAGGAAGACCUGAGUGCUGUGAGCCCUCUGUUUGGGAGUGAUGUCUCCUCGGUGUGGGACUACAGAAGCAGCGUGGAGCAGUACAGUGCCCCUGGAGGCACAGCCAAGAGUAGCGUUACCGUUCAAGUGGAACAUCUGAGGAACUGGCUUAAGAAACAGGCACAGUGACCAGUUUCACCUUUACAAAUUGAAUCAGCUUUACUGCCAUGAUUUAGAUAAGUAUGAAAUGUCAGACUUAGGUCAAAAUGGCUUACUUUUUACUUGACAACCAUGUUGCCUUUCAAAUAUCCUCCACUCUUCUUUUUAGUUACAUAAAACAAUUGGAUGAAUGAUGUGUUAUCCAGGAAUGUUUCCGUUGAUCAUGCACAGAUCAUAGGUUUUACAAAAGACCUGACAAAUUGUUACUCAAACAGUGUUAUUAAAGCUUGAUUCAUCAGGUGUUUUCCUGUGUUGACCCGCACAGACACACACUGUCUUGUUUAUUGAUUGAUGACAAGGAACAGUUUAACAUGACAGUUGCUCACAGUUGCAGCUAUAACAUAAAAAGGUGUGAAUUAUUCUAGUUCUGUAAUUAAUUUAAUGGUCUUACACUUGUAUAGAGUGUUUCUAUGCACUGUAGCACACUCAAAGCGCUGUCACGCUAUUUGUCUAUUCACCCGUUCACACACUGGUGAUAUUACCAGGAGCAACUGGGGGUUCAGUGUCCUGCUCACAGACACUUCAACACUUAGACCGGAGAAGCCGGGAAUCAAACCGCCAACCUUCCAGUUAGGAGACGACCCGCUCUCCCUCCUGAGUCACAGCCGCCCCACAGAUGAUACACUUUCUGUUUAUGAACUCCACACAGUGUAACAAAAGAAGA